AUGCCCUCGACGGCGUCCACCUCAUCUCACGAUCCUGCUCCCGCUCCUCCGCCUCCUGACGAGCGCAUCCCUCUCUCCUCAGUGCCCGACGUGACGAAGCUCUUUCCGCCGCUGAUUCAGGACGCGAUCGAAGACGAGCUUGAUCGGAAUGGAGACAGCGCCUACUACGACGAGUUUGAGCAGCUGUACUGGAUGUACUCGGGAUGGGACGAGGAGCGGGAAUCCUUCGAGCGCGAGUGGGAUCCUCUGAUGAUUAGGAUGCGCGACUACAAUCGAAAGCACCUCCUCGUCAUGAAUACCGGCAAUGUCAAGGCAAGAGCUCGAUUAGCCGACGAGGACGCUGCACUCGAGCCGAUCCUCGCCCAGAUGAACCUUCGGCGCAAGGGACCGGCUGCUCGCUUUGAACGCCGUCGCUCGUCACGCACGGAGACGUCGUCUCACUACGGCCUCGACUCCUCCUCGAUCCCCUCAGAACCCUGGUCAUCCCGUCUGCUCCUCCUCGACAGCCUGCAGUGGCACUUCGAUACGACGCACGGUCUUCUACGCCGUGAACAGCGACGCGUCAGCACCUGGGCUGCGGCAGCGCUAGUCUCCUUCUUUGCCACAACAACCGACGAGCUCGCCGCUCGCUUCCCCGAUCUGCCGUCGUCGACCAUUGACGCCUUACUCGGCGACUACGAGCAGGAAGGCCGGUUGCUGAACGAGGCGAUGCAAGCCGGGUUGGAGGCGUGUUGCAAGGAGAGUGUGAGGUUGCUGAACGAAAAGCAGGAAAGCGGUACCGGCGAGGACAAGCCGGGCAAAUCAGCAGUGAUGUUGAGUAGCUUUUGA